AUGGAUCCGAGGGAUCUGAUGGAUCCGAGGGAUCUGAUUGAUCCGAGGGAUCUGAUGGAUCCGAGGGAUCUGAUGGAUCCGAGGGAUCUGAUGGAUCCGAGGGAUCUGAUGGAUCCGAGGGAUCUGAUGGAUCCGAGGGAUCUGAUGGAUCCGAGGGAUCUGAUGGAUCCGAGGGAUCUGAUGGAUCCGAGGGAUCUGAUGGAUCCUAGGGAUCUGAUGGAUCCGAGGGAUCUGAUGGAUCCGAGGGAUCUGAUGGAUCCGAGGGAUCUGAUGGAUCCGAGGGAUCUGAUGGAUCCGAGGGAUCUGAUGGAUCCGAGGGAUCUGAUGGAUCCGAGGGAUCUGAUGGAUCCGAGGGAUCUGAUGGAUCCGAGGGAUCUGAUGGAUCCGAAGGGAUCUGAUGGAUCCGAUGGAUCCAAUGGAUCUGAUCCAUCAGAGGGAUCUGAUGGAUCCGAGGGAUCUGAUGGAUCCGAGGGAUCUGAUGGAUCCUAG